GGGGGGAGGCUCCGCACCGCCGAGAAGGAGGUGACAGGGGAGGCGUGGGGCGCGGACACUCUCGGCCGAGAGCCUCCCCCGCCCCCCGCCAUGGAUUCCGAAUAUUACAGCGGCGACCAGUCAGAUGAUGGUGGCGCUACCCCAGUACAAGAUGAACGGGAUUCAGGGUCAGACGUUGAGGAUGAUGUAAAUGAGCAGCACUCUGGAUCAGACACUGGAAGUGUAGAACGUCAUUCAGAGAAUGAGCCUAGUGAUCGAGAAGAUGGCCUCAACAAAAGACAUCAUGUGACAGACUCUGAGAAUGAUGACCCCUCAAAUCUUAAUGCUAGUGAUUCUGAAAGUGAGGAGCUUCAAAGGCAAAAGGACAGUGACUCUGAAUCUGAAGAACAGGCAGAGCCUCCUGCAAGUGAUUCUGAAAAUGAGGCUAUCAAUCACCAUGGGAGUGAAUCUGAGAGUGAGGAGACCAAGAAAUUGCCUGUUAGUGACUCUGAAAAUGAGGAACUUCUUAAUGGGCAUGCCAGUGACUCAGAAAAUGAAGAUGUUAGAAAGCAUCCUGCCAGUGAUUCAGAGAAUGAAGAGCUCCCCAAAAGUCCUACCACUGACUCUGAAACAGAGGAUGCUCUAAAACCUCAAAUCAGUGACUCUGAGAGUGAGGAACCUCCAAGGAACCAGGCCAGUGACUCUGAAAAUGAGGAGCUGCCCAAACCUCAGAUAAGUGAUUCUGAAAGUGAGGAACUUCCUAAACCUCAGAUCAGUGACUCGGAAAGUGAGGAGCCUCAAAGGACUCAGGCCAGUGACUCUGAAAAUGAGGAGCUUCCCAAACCUCAUAUCAGCGACUCAGAAAGUGAGGACCCACCAAAGCACCAAGCCAGUGACUCAGAAACUGAAGAGCUUCCCAAACCCCGUAUCAGUGACUCGGAAAGUGAGGAACCCCCGAGGAACCAAGUCAGUGACUCUGAAAAUGAGGAGCUUCCCAAACCCCGAAUUAGUGAUUCGGAGAGUGAGGACCCGCCAAGGAACCAGGCCAGUGAUUCUGAAAAUGAACUUCCCAAACCUCAAGUCAGUGACUCUGAGAGUGAGGAAGCUCAGAAGGGACCAGCCAGUGAUUCAGACACUGAGGAGGCCUCUAGACACAAACAGAAGCCAAAGUCAGAUGAUGACAGCGAUGGGGAGAAUAAGGGGGAGGACACCGAAAUGCAGAAAAACUCUUUUCAUUUAGAUAGCCAUAUAGACAGGAACAGGUUUCAUAGUUCUGACAGUGAGGAGGAUGAACCAAAAAGACCAAAAAUUGACAGUGAUGAAGAUGAAGAAAAAGACAGGGAGGCGGAGAAAGCAAAACGAAAAGCUGCUGUACUUUCUGAUAGUGAAGAAGAGAAAGCAUCAGCAAAGAAGAUUCGCGUUAUCUCUGAUGCAGAGGACUCUGACAGUGAUGUUAUAUCAGACAAAUCAGGCAAAAAAGAGAAGGCUGUAGCAUCUGACAGUGAAGAAGAAGAAGCAGGGAAAGAACGAUCUGAUAAGAAAAAUGAAGAGAAGGAUCUGUUUGGGAGUGAUAGUGAGACGGGGAAUGAAGAAGAAAAUCUUAUUGCAGAUAUAUUUGGAGAAUCUGGUGAUGAAGAGGAAGAAGAAUUUACAGGUUUUAACCAGGAAGAUUUGGAGGAAGAAAAAAGUGAAACACAGGUGAAGGAAGCUGAAGAUUCAGAUUCUGAUGAUAACAUAAAGAGAGGAAAACAUAUGGACUUUCUGUCAGAUUUUGAGAUGAUGUUGCAGCGGAAAAAGAGCAUGAGUGGCAAGCGCAGACGUAAUCGUGAUGGUGGCACUUUUAUUAGUGAUGCUGACGAUGUGGUGAGCGCCAUGAUUGUCAAAAUGAAUGAAGCUGCUGAGGAAGACAGGCAGUUGAACAAUCAAAAAAAGCCAGCACUGAAAAAAUUAACAUUAUUACCUACCGUGGUCAUGCACCUUAAGAAGCAGGACCUUAAAGAAACAUUUAUUGACAGUGGUGUGAUGUCUGCCAUCAAAGAAUGGCUCUCACCUCUACCAGAUAGGAGUUUGCCAGCACUAAAGAUUCGAGAGGAGCUGUUGAAGAUUCUGCAAGAGCUACCUAGUGUGAGCCAGGAGACCCUGAAACAUAGUGGAAUUGGACGAGCAGUAAUGUAUCUCUAUAAACAUCCCAAGGAGUCACGGUCCAACAAGGACAUGGCAGGGAAACUAAUCAAUGAAUGGUCUCGGCCUAUAUUUGGUCUUACCUCAAACUACAAAGGAAUGACAAGAGAAGAAAGGGAGCAGAGAGACCUAGAACAAAUGCCUCAACGACGAAGAAUGAGCAGCACUGGUGGUCAGACACCUAGAAGAGACCUGGAAAAGGUGCUGACAGGAGAGGAGAAGGCGCUCAGACCAGGAGAUCCUGGAUUCUGUGCCCGUGCCAGGGUGCCCAUGCCCUCCAACAAGGACUAUGUGGUCAGGCCUAAAUGGAAUGUGGAGAUGGAGUCAUCCAGGUUUCAGGGGACCUCCAAGAAGGGUAUCAGUCGUCUGGAUAAACAGAUGAGAAAGUUCACAGAUAUCAGGAAAAAAAGCAGAUCUGCACAUGCAGUGAAAAUCAGCAUCGAAGGCAAUAAAAUGCCUUUGUGACCUUGCCUGGGAUAUGUCCCCAUCUUUGCUCUAAGAAAUGCGCAAUGGACUCUUUGGAGAAAGAAGAUAUUUUAAAUUUUUUUAGUGUAUCUGUAAAUGGUUCAGCUUGUAUCAAAUAUUGUCAUAGGACGUGCAUUUCUCUCUGUAUUUAAAACCAUUUGUUGUGUACUUUGUACAGAGGAAUACUAGUCAUACUUCUAUAAACUUUACACAAUAAAAAUUAACAGUCUGGUU